AUGUCCAGCGAUUGCUGCUAUCUCUGCACCGAGUGUCCGAACUCUUAUGCGACCUUUGAGGAACUCGAGUUGCAUAUGCAUAGCCAUAAGAAAACAACACAAAUGGACACACAAAAUAGCGUCGAGGAACACGAAUUAUCAGAAGUGGAUCGACAUUCACCAAGUAGUUCCGAUCUAACGGAUGGUAUGAUGUCACAUGAUGUUGAUGAGGAUCAGAUGGAUCAAUCAAUGGACGACACAAUGCUUGAUCAAUCAAUCGAUUCUAUCGAAGAUUUAAAACCCGGCUAUCAAUGUCGUUUCUGUCCUACACGUUUCGAUGAACGAUCACAGUUGAAUUUUCACUAUACGAGUUGCCAUCGAGACAAACCACAAUACGAGUGCGAAGUGUGUCACACGAUUUUCGCUGUGAAGCGGGAGCUAUCCACCCAUAUGAGGACACACAGUGGUGAACAACCGCAUACGUGCACUCAAUGCGGAAAAGAAUUCGGAACCCGGCAGUUAUUGAAAAAACAUUGGAUGUGGCACACUGGAGAACGUUCACAUGUCUGCAAACAUUGUAAUAAGGCAUUCUUCCAGAAAGGACACCUCACCCAGCAUCUGAUGAUUCAUUCUGGAGGUCGUCCACAUCAGUGUAAUCUCUGCCAGAAGACUUUCAUUUUCAAGUUUGACCUCAAUCGGCACAUGAAGAUUCAUGCUGAACGCGGUUAUUCGUGCAGGCAAUGUGGCCGAUCAUUCACACGGCAGCAAUCACUCGACGAACAUGCACUCAAAUGCAAAACAAAAAGCUCAUCUGGUGCAACCACACCUCCGGUAAAAAUCGAGCAGCCGUCGCCAGUGUUUCCAUUGAUUUCUCAGCCACUUCUAAAUUUCAAUCAAGAAAACGUCGCAAAGAUGGCGCAAUCGCUGAUUGCUCAGCAACAGCAGCGAGCGCUCGCUGCCCUGUUCGCUCGGCAUCAGGCAGCUCAGCUGCCACCACAGCCAGCCGUCCCACCGCCACCACCACCGCCAGCUCCCACGGCACAGUUAAUUCCGUCACUGUUCUGCGCCCUAUGUAGCCGUGCAUUCCCUAAUCAGCCUGCUUUCGCUGUUCACAUGUAUGUGUGUCAUAUUCAGAACAAUGUUCCCGCAGUUGGUGACGAGGCAAAACUUCCUGUACUGGCUCCAGUAAAUCCCAUCAAGACCGAUGCUGAAGACGUUCAUGUCAACAUUCUGUCCACUGCAACCAACUCGUCGUGUUCCUCAAGCCCGCAAGAGACAUCCUCGACGACUUUUGCCGAGACAUCACCGAGUAAUACCGAAGAAGUGGCUGCUUCUCCACAUAACGAAUCCAUGCCUUCUCCUCCAUCCAGUCAAGCAGGCGAGGCGCCGUCGAAGUACUGCACAUCCUGUCGACUACAUGCUGUUCGUUCCACAGAACUUGAGGCUGCUCUGCUGGCCAAGGGGCACGAGCUGGAGAAGUUCAAGGAGAUGAUGAGAGCGGUUGUCACAACGACUGGUCAAUUAUUGAAUCAGUGCUCACCAGACAACGUUUUCAUCGCCCAUACGAAAAAUAUUUUUGCUCAACUUCAAAAUAGUAUCUGCUCGUCGGAAUAA